AUGGGUGUCCCGAAUAGCGACUUACAGGACCUUGAGCGCCAGCGUCUCCAGCUGGAAGGAAAUAUCCGCAAACUCCAGGAAUCCCUCUAUCACUGGCGGACGUGGGAGGCCGAAUACGACGGGCUGAUCGAGGAGGUCAGGGCUCUUGAUGAUGACGCUACCACUGACGAAUUACUGGGCGCUGGUCUUGAACUGGACGGGUCUCUCGUUAACGAGGACGAAGUGAAGACCAUCGUGGGGGUUAAGGAGGGUACGACUCGGACUAAGCAACAGGUGGUUGAUCUUGUCACGAGGCGCAUCGACUACGUCAAACAAAAUGUCGCAACGAUGGAGAAGCGACUGCGCACGGAGGAGAACAAGCUCCAGGCGCUGAAUGACCUUGAACAAAUCCCUACCGAACCCGCCGCCGACUACCCGAUGACGGAAAUCGUCGAGGAGCUCGAUGAGGAUGGCAACGUGAUUUCGAGCUCGACCGCAACACCAGGGAAUGAGGCCUCUGAGCUUUUGGACAUUUUAAAGAAGGCUGGUGUCAAGGAUAUCCCGGAUGCGCCGAGGGCAGAUAAGGUGACCGAGACUGAAAGCGCCCACUCGGCUGAGCAGUCAGACACACCUAUACAGGGGGUCCAGCCGAAAACUAGUGAACACCGCCAGACUCCGAGCCAGAACGAGACCCAUGAGGAAUCACGAGAAGCGCGCGAUGUGCCCGUGACCAAGGUGGACGAGUCACCCGAGGAUGCACAGCUGCGUCGAGAGAUGAUACGAUAUGGUCUUGACGAAGUCGGGGCCGUUGUGGCGGAACUCGAGUUGGAUGAGGAGGCCAGCGACGUCUCGAUUGAUGACUACGACGAUGUAUACGAUUAUGACGACGAGGAGGAAGAAGACGAGUUUGGACGGAGCCGAACUGUUCUGGAUGAGGAUUAUCAUCGACAGAUGCGCGAGCUGGAAGCUAAGUUGAACGCGCGAGGAAUGUGGAACAUGGGCAAGGACACUGCGACGCUCCCGGAUGAAGUGAAGAAGGAGCUGGAGCAACCAGCCGUGGUUCGAGUCGAGAGAACCAGCGACUCAGCAGACAAGCUGGCCGAGAAGAAGAAGCCGAAGAAGAAAGUGGCUUUUGCUGAUGACCUGGACAUUGCGCCUGCUCCCAAGCCUCCUGUCUCCGAGAAGAAGGUUACGCCGGUCCGGCAGUCUGAUAUUCCCGUUGUGUCCGACGCGGUUGUCGAACGUUCCGAGGCGGCAGAUAAGGCUGCCUCCUCAAGCAAUGCGCCCAAAAAGACAUCCCGUUUCAAGUCUACUCGCGGUGCUCCCGGUACCGCUCUGACUGAACCAUCUCUUGCACCGACACUGUGCGGUGACAAAGCGCUACGAAAGCCGGUCACGUCAGCGUCACCGUCUUCCCUGCCGCUUUUCCCAGCCAAGCCACAGGAAUCCAAACCCUUCUCUCAGCCAAUCUCUGACCUUUCCGAUGCACAGCCUGCGCAUAGAGGGCCGGAAGGGAAGAUCCUUGCGGACACGCUCGUUGAGCGCGAAAUCUCCGACGAUGCCGCUGCCCCACCGGAACCGGACGAGCUCGAUGAGCAACUGCACAGGAAAGAGAUCGCCAGUGAAUUUUACAGGAUGAGGAACCGCGUGAUCCAACAGAAUGGAGGCUUCCUCGAGGAGCCUGAACAGGUACCUGUUGAACCUGAGGAGGCGCCCAGGCGUGUGAGUAAAUUCCGCGCUGCGCGGAUGAGUUCCCGGAAUCUCCGUCGCCGUUCCGUGCGGAUCUGGCGCGAUGACCAUAUCUUUUUCAUGAUACCUAGACGUGCCUAA